CCGUGGCAGUGUAGACAAAGGUGGCCACGUAGGCUUAUGAGAUGUCAGGUGGCCCGGAAUGGACUUUGAGCGGUGAAAACUGGCGGUCCUCUCUCGCUGCUGGGCUUCUCUCUCCAGUUCUCCGCCCUCUAACUGCUGCCUUUGAGAGUCUCGCUUAGAUCACGGCCUCGCACACCCUUGAAAACCACGGAGAGAGGGAGUGAGCAUUUUUGCCAGAGUUCUAUCCAUAAUGCCCCCCAAGUAUGAUGUGUUGAGUCAAGAUGAACUACGCAAAAAGCUAUACCAGACGUUUAAGGAUCGGGGUGUACUGGACACGUUAAAGACACAACUCAGAAAGCAGCUAAUCCAUGAGUUGAUGCACCCUGUACUGAGUGGAGAGCUUCAGCCUCGGUCCAUUGCAGUGGAAGGGAGCACCCUCUUAAUCGGUGCCUCAAACUCUAUAGUGGCAGAUCACUUACAAAGAUGUGGCUAUGAAUAUUCCCUUUCUGUGUUCUUCCCAGAAAGUGGUUUGGCAAAAGAGAAGGUAUUUACUAUGCAAGAUCUAUUACAACUCAUUAAAAUCAGUCCCACGUCCAGUCUCUACAAGGCACUGAUUUCAGGAUUUGAGAAAGAAAACCAGAAAGGCUUCCUUAUGAAUUUCUUAAAAGAAUUGGCAGAACAUCAUCAAGCUAAAGAGGGAUGCGAUGUGGAAACUCAGACAAGUUCAAUGUUUCCUAGCAAGGACUCUCUUGCGGAGAAGCUUCAGCGUAUUGAUGACCAGUUUGCAGAUGCUUAUCCUCAUCGUCCAAAGCUAGAGUCUGUAGAAGUAAAGUUAAAUGAAUAUAGGAGUGCACUAGAACAACAACUUCAAGCAGAAAUGUGUCAAAAGCUGAAGCAUUUUAAAGAGAUUGAAAUAGCGAAGAUUAAAAUGGAAGAGAAAAAAAAGCAUGAGAAGGCAUUAGCGGAGUUCCGUCAUGAGUUUGAGAGAACUUGUAGAGCAAAAACCGAAGCCAUCAUUUCCCAGGAAAAGAAUGUCCUUGAAAGAAUUCAGAAGCAUCGGGAGACUGAAGCAAAAGAAAUCUAUGCUCAAAGGCAGAUUCUACUGAAAGAUAUAGAUUUGCUGAGAGGCAGAGAAGCAGAGCUGAAGCAAAGAGUUGAAGCUUUUGAAUUGACCCAAAGGCUCCAAGAAGAAAAAAAUAAAAGUGUGACCGAGGCCCUUAGGAAACGGGAGCAAAAUAUAGAGACUGUUGAAGAGAACUAUGAGCAAAAGCUCAAGAAUGAACUUCUAAAGUAUCAACUUGAACUAAAGGAAGAUUACAUCACUAGAACUAAUAGGCUAAUUGAAGAUGAAAGGAAGAAUAAAGAAAAAGCUCUUCUUUUGCAAGAGGAGCUUGCAGCUAUAAAUUCAAGAAAGGAAGAACUCAGUCAGUCUGCAAAUCGUAUGAAAGAACUUGAGCUUGAGUUAGAGUCCAUCAAAGCAGAGUUUGUGACAACAACCAAACAGAACCACUUGCUGAAUCAAAAAGUUAAAGAGAUGAGUGAUUAUUCACAACUGAAGGAAGAGAGAGUAGAGCUUCAGGCACAAAAUAAAUUACUUAAACAACAACUUGAAGACAGUAAAAAUGAAAACUUGCGUCUCCUAAACCGCAUGGCCCAGCCAGCUCCUGAACUUCUAGUUUUUCAGAAAGAAUUAAAGAAAGCAGAAGAUCUAAUCACAUUUGAGCAUAAGGAGUUUGAAACUCACAGGCAAGUUCUGCAAAAACAACUGCAAAGUGAAAUUGAACAUUCUACACAGCUAAAGGCCCAGCUAUUAGAUUAUGAUUCUUCUGUAAAGAGGUUAACUGGUCAGGUUGCUGAUUUAAAAUUGCAACUGAAACAAACUCAGACAGCCCUAGAGAAUGAAGUGUACCGCAACCCUAAGCAGUCUCUGAUCCAUCGAUGUAUGAAUAGCUUGCUGAGCGGCCAGGCAGUGCCUCCCGAUGGGGAUGGGCACAGCACUGUCCUGAACAUCUCCCCAGGACCAGAGCUUAUGCCAAGGAGCCCAGGUUACCCGAAUGCAGGGAGGGAGGGCAGCUCCCCGGACUCAGACCUCGAGUUUGUUGCCAAUACCAAGGUCAAGGUGAGACAGCUAGAGCAAGAGGCUGAACGCUUGGAAAAGGCUUUCAGGAGUUACCAUCAAAAAGUCACUCAAAACCCUGCUAGAAGCCCGCUCCUGCCAAAGAGUCAAGAGUCUUUGCACUUUCUGGGCGCUUUCAAAAGCAGCAGUUCCACUUCCCUGGGAAGACAUGUUUUCACAGAGGGUGGAAUUGCCCCUGAGCAGGCCCAGGUGUGCGCACUUAGUGUGAAGAAGCGUGAUGCUGCUGUGGAAGCCACAUUGGGCGGCUCGACUUCACGGUCACGCAGGGGCACUUCCUCUAGACGCCUGUCCUCCACGCCACUCCCUAAAGCCAGAAGAAGCCUUGACAAUGAGCUCUAUCUGGAAGGUCUGGACAGGUCACAUGUUGUGUCCCCUAGCCCUUGUCCUGACAAAACUCCCCAGCCAUCACCUUCUGAAUCAAGGCACAGCCUUUGUGACCAGUCAUUCUCUGGCUCGCCCAUGCCGAAGGCCUGUCUUUAUCAGGGACAAAUGGCCGCUGAAGAUAGAAGUGGAGUUUCAAAUGAGGACAGCCCAGCUAUUAAAGAUAAUGAAGUACUUGAACCAUCUUUUACACAUGCAAGGGCUUGGCCGAGGCGGUUCGAAGCGGACGGGCUUCACCCUGCUGGGGACAUGCCUCAUAUGGAUGCUGCCACUGCUGCUGUACUCGCCGUCAACACUCCGUAUCACAGCCAGAGUGCAGAUCAGAAACAAAGUAGAGAACACGAGGAAGAAGAAAACACAUGGGAACAGCAUGUUACAGAACAAAAGCAGAAGGAAGAACAGAGGCUGAGUGACUUGAAAGAGACUCUGGGAAGGGAACAAAGAGAGCUGGAGAAACUGGACCAGGAAAGGAGGUUGAUAGAAGAAUCACUGAAGAUUGAGAUGGAAAAGGAAUUAGAAAGGACUACUGAAGAAAUGAAAGAAAAAUCAGCUGCCAGUGAAAAUCCUUUAGAGAAAUACAUGAAACUCAUCCAGCAAAGGAGAGAACAGCAGGCUAUGGAUCAGAGCGCCAAAAAGAUGCUCCGAGAAAGCUCCGAAGUGGAUACACUGCCAUCUAGCGACAAGGAUGACAGUUGCACAGGCUUGUCUCAUGAAGAACCAGAUGACAUUUGGUAACUAUGCUAGCUGUCCGGCUUCUUACAACAGUGAAGUUACCCAAGAUCUGGUCCUGUCAAACAUUUCUCUGUAAUCAAACCAAAUGCUCAAUAAAAUCUGUGCAGCCCCG